GCAGCCAGUGGAACCAUGAACAUUAUGCUGUGUGUUCUGAUUCUCUGGUCCGGUCUCCUGGGGGCCACCAAGGCCAGCCCCAUCUCGGUCCCCCACGAGUGUGCCAAGGGUUCGGAGGUAUGGUGUCAGGACCUGCAGGCAGCUGCAAGGUGUCGGGCCGUGAGGCACUGCCAGAGUGCUGUCUGGAGCAAGCCUACAGUCAAGUCCCUGCCCUGCAGUGUGUGCCAGGAUGUAGCCGCCGCUGCUAGUAAUGGGGUGAACCCGGAUGCUAAAGAGUCGGACAUUUUGGCAUCGGUAAUGAAGACCUGUGAGUGGCUUCCAAGCCAGGAGUCUUCAGCUAAGUGCAAGUGGAUGGUGGACAACCACAGUGCAGCUGUCCUGGUCAUGCUCCGUGGAGCUCCGGGCACUGCCCUGGCUUCGGUAUGCACUGCGCUCACACUCUGUGAACCGCUACAGAGGCACCUAGCUGUGGCCACCUCGGAGAGACCGCUCACCCAGGAGGAUGCAAAUGAGGUGAUGGCCCCCUUCUUAUCCAAUGGGGCCCUGACCUUCCACCCAUCACAGAUGCCUGUGGGUGCUGUGUGUCAUGACUGCGUCCAGCUGAUCUCCCGGCUGCAGAGUGCUCUAGAGUCAAACUUGACCUUGGCAGAGGUAACUGUCCAGAAUCAGUGUCAGUCCAUGGGGCCUGGCCUAGCUGCCCUCUGCGAGAACUAUGUCCACUGGCAAUUUGUCCCUGCUAAACAAGCACUGCAGACUCUCCCCCCACAGGAGGUCUGCAGGAAGGGGGGCUUCUGCGAGGAGCAGAGAGAGUCUGCCCACUGGCUGGCUCAAGUGGCCGCUGUGGACGGAGUCCCCUCCCUAGAGAUGGAGCUGCCGAAGAAGAACGAGUUGCAGAUGCAGUUGGGCCUGACAUGCGAUGUGUGCUUGAACGUGGUCCAGGAGCUGGACAAGUGGCUUGAGACCAACAGCACAGAAGCCCUCAUCAGCCACGCCCUGGAGCGUGUGUGCUCCAUAAUGCCAGAGUCUCUAGUCCAACAGUGCAUCACCCUGGUGGACACCUAUGGCCCCAACUUGGUGCAGCUCGUGUCCAAAGUCACCCCAGAGAAAGUGUGUGAGACCAUCAGGCUGUGUGGAAGCAAAAGGCAGGCCAGGUCCAUCUCCAGGGUUGCGACAACCACACCACCCCUGCUGAUGGAUGAGGAAAACCAGGGCAGCUUCUGCCAAGGGUGCAAAAGGCUUCUGGGCGUGUCUUCCCAGAAUCUAGACCGCAAGAGCACCAAGCGGGACAUCCUGAAUGCCUUCAAAGGUGGCUGCCGGAUCUUGCCGUUGCCUUACGUGCUGCAGUGCAACCGUUUUGUAGCUGAGUAUGAGCCUGUGCUCAUAGAGAGCCUCAGGUUCAUGAUGAACCCCACGGACCUAUGCAAGAAGAUGGGGGCCUGCCACGGCCCCAAGGUUCCACUUCUAGGCACAGACCAGUGCGUCAUGGGCCCCCGCUUCUGGUGCAAGAGCCCAGAGGCCGCCGAGAUGUGUGAUGCCCUGGAGCACUGCCAGCGCCUUGUGUGGAAAAAGCCCAUCUCCAGAACCAAUGAGCAGCCAUGAAUGUGGCCACCAGAACUCAAAGCCUGCCAGGGCCAAGCUCACCUGCAGGCUUCUGCCUCCCAUGGGGACCCUAUGAAGUGGGGGUUAUCCCCAUGUCAUAGAUUUAAAAAAAAAACUGAGGCUCUGAGCAGGGCAUUGGGGCAAAGUGGAGCUGAUAUUCAAAGCCACGAUUUCCUGAUGCUGGGCGAAGUCAUCUUUCUGUCUCUGCCCUUACCACUGUCUCGAACAAACAGAAGGCCCCUCCUCACCCUUGCCCCAGUAAGCCACCCUCUUCUGCCGUGCUGUGAUGCUGAUGGCCUGGGGAAUGCAGGGUGAGAGCCCAGCUGUGAACCGAAGCAGUUGCAGGAGGGUCAGGCAGGUAAGGGUAAGUAGGUAGAGGGGACUGUCACUAGUCAGGCUAAUGGCUCUUACCAAUAGCUUGGUGUGGGAGUUGGGUAAUCUCAGACUGGGAUCUCUCAGGCUGGCUCCCAGGGGUGCAGUUGGGAUACGAGUGGCUCUGGACUUCUCUGAGGGAGGGUCCUGGGUCAUUGGCUAUCAUUCACAAGGGACAUUUGGACUUUAUACAACUCUUGCCCAUGUCUUGUCCCACCAAGAGGAAUCUGCCCACUCACCCAGACUCCAGCCACCAAGGUGCUAAGCAAUCUGGGGUGUACUUGAAUCUGGGUGAGCCCUGGGGAAAGCCCUGAAGGGUGUGAAAGGGCUAUAGCAUAGGCAGUAGCAGGAGGUCCACCCUAGUCAGCAGUCUGCUGAGCCUCAGUUUUCUAAUCUGUAGACUGGGAGGAUCAUGCCUGCCUCAGGGAUGUUGAAACAGUUUUAGGAAAUGUCUUCAAGUUCUUUCACUUAGAGACGGGCACCCAGUGACCUACCAGGAUCAUCAAAACCUAUCUUGGGAAUUGAUAGGGAAUUGAUAAGGUCUCUGGGAAGUCUGACUAAAUAGGUUGAUAUAAACUAGAAGUUUUCUC